CACCAUCAAAGCCCUGCCUGAGCAACAAAGGCUGGGUUAUUUUAAUUUAUGAAAGGGUUACAGCCUUUGAAGCUAAAUAUAAUGCAACCAGUGGCUUCCUCCGCUGUAACACAUACCUUGUGUGCUCUUGUGCAGCUUGGGGGAUAAGGAGCUGCCGGUCCCGCAGGCGGUUAGCCCUGGCCAUGUGGUGAGGGUAUGGGUUUCCAUUAAACGGGGUGCAAGGAAAAGCUCCGCAGCAGAAAAUGCAAACUUGGCUGUGCUGAAGAAACAUCCUAAAUAAGAGGGACUUGGCUUGUAGAGGCUCUGAGCAGCCGCAGCGCUCGCCAGCUUCCCAAGGCACGGGCUUUGGGAAACACGGAGAACAGAGCCCACCCUUGUUCCAAGGCCGAGGCGUGGGUUUGGGAGACCAGCCGUGGGCAUCUGACUUGUACUUUUUGGCUUUAAGCCCCAAGCUCACAAAUAUUUAAAAUCAGCAGAGUCCAGCAAAAUUGCCUGUCUGUGCGCCGCUAAGGACCUGUGCAGGACUGAGGCCGUCGAUGUAAGGUGCUCCUGCAGUCUGGGGCUGAUUUACACCAGUAAACCCUGCGCGAUGCCUCCCAUCACGUUCCAGGACCUGCCACUGAACAUCUACAUGGUCAUUUUUGGCACCGGCAUCUUUGUCUUCGUGCUCAGUCUCAUCUUCUGCUGCUACUUCAUCAGCAAACUGCGGCACCAGGCUCAGAGCGAGCGGUUUGGGUACAAGGAGGUGGUUUUGAAAGGUGAUGCCCGGAGGCUGAACGUGCAUGGGCAGACCUGCGCCGUCUGCCUGGAAGAUUUUAAGGUGAAGGAGGAGCUGGGGGUGCUGCCGUGCCAGCACGCCUUCCACAGAAAGUGCCUGGUCAAGUGGCUGGAGGUGCGCUGUGUUUGCCCCAUGUGCAACAAGCCCAUGGCGGGUCUGGCACAGCCCCGCGCUGGCAUCGGCACCCUCCUGGACGAGCUGGUGUGAGCAGCCCUGCUCCUUGCUGGCCAAAUUCUGCAGGACCAUGGCUCCCACGCGUGGCAUCGCCCAGCCCUGCGCAUCCCAGGGGUCCCACAGGUCAUCCCGAAGGAUCUGGGAUUUCCAAGUUGGGAUUUUUAACUUGCAGGUCAUUGCUUUGUUGUUGGGGUUUUUUUGCAGGGGCAGGGGUGGGGAGGGAGGGUGUUUGGUUUUUAUAUGUCACCACAGUUGUGCUCCAUGUGGAGCCAUGACCCCCUGGGUGGGCUGCUGGGGGGCUGCCCCCCACUCCCAUUCCCCUGCUGCUUCAGGGGGUGGUUUUGUACCUGGUCCCUUCUGGACUCUUGGCUCCCCGCACCACGGCGGCGGGAUGUAGUUUUGUGUAAAAUGGUGAAUAAAUGGAUCGUUUCUCA